AUGAGUGAGGGCCGAACGUGUCUAACUCGUUGGCUCCUCCCACGAGUUUGCGUCGCUUCCUAUGGCCCACGCGUUUAUUAUCAGGCUGGACCUCUUCGACACAUGGUACCCGCACAUAGCCGCGUCCUCCGCUGUCUCGUGGAGGAGAAGCGGAAUUGGCGCAUCCGCAGGGUCUCCUUCAUCGCGCAUUUCAGAAAGACGAGCUUUUCAAGGUUUGAUUCCUCCACGCGCCGAAGGUCUUUUGGGCUUCUCAUGAGCUCCGCCAUUGCCCACUCGAUUCCCCAAUGCCACCGUUUUGAUCCCACCGAACAUCACGUCGUGCUUUAG